CAGAUUUUAAGUUUCAUAAUAUUAACAUGUUUAAUUAUUUAGUAUUUUAAACAAUUACUUAAUUUAGAUAUAAUUAUUAGUAGCAGAGUGCUGUUUAAAAAACUAUAGAUUCCUGUAACAAGUAGUCUUCAUCCCGCGGAACACCUUCACACCGAACAAAACUGCAUUAUUUCGAUUUUGCGCAGAAGCACUAACAUAGUAGUGAUUUUGUACGGGUUGAUUAUUGUUUACGGCGUUUAUGUUAAAAGUUUACGGACGUUUGUGAAAACCGUUAAUUGUUUAAACAGACCAAUCACAUAAUGAAAGAAGCAUCACCGCCUGUUUCAGCGAUGGCGACUCCAACCAACGGUAGUGGCAAUUUAGUAGAUGAAUUUGAAGAAGCGUUUCAGCACUGUCUCAAUGUGUUGACCAAAGAGGAGGCAGUCCCGACAUCUGACAAAGAUGAAAUUAAAGUGGAGGUAGAACAAACCACUUUAAGAUUCAUAGACUUGGCAAGACAAAUGGAGGCCUUUUUUCUACAAAAACGUUUUUUGCUGUCUGCAUUGAAGCCUGAGAUGAAUGUGAAAGAAGACAUAAGUGAACUGAGAUUAGAACUAGCUAGAAAAGAGGAGCUCCUUAAGAGACACUAUGACAAAAUAGCAGUGUGGCAAAAUUUGUUGGCAGAUUUGCAAGGAUAUCCCAAAAGUCCUGCACAGGGUAGUACGACACCAGGCGUGAACAAUGGAGGGUCUGUGCCUCAGUCACCAAUGGCCCCCAUUCCUGGCAAUCAGACUCCGAAUCAGAUGAUGCCGAGCAUCUCCCCUGCUAUGCAACAGCAGCUUCAGCAACAGCAAAUCCAACAGCAGCUACAAAUGCAACAGAUGCAACAGCAACAACAAAUGCAGAUGCAACAGAUGCAGGAGUCGUUGCAGGUGCCUCCGGGCAUGUCACCUGGCACGGUCGGUCCCGGCAUGAUGUCCCCACAAGCGCAAGCGAUGUUCAUGCAACAGGGAUUGGGCGGUAGCAGGGGCGGACCGUUUGUACAGCAGGGCGCCGCCGGAGUACUGCAAGGUCCGUUGGCUUACUUAGAGAAAACUACGAGUAAUAUAGGAAUGACGGAUGGUCGCAGAUGACGCGGGCGCGGGAGG